ACACGAGGAUUGAUGAAGCUCCUUCCCUCAUCCUCCUCCGCGUUACCACUUGAACUCGCCGCCUCGUCAUUAUCCGAACAAGACAUGGAUACAAGUACAAGCAGCACUGAAAAUGCUUAUUUUGAAAGGAGAAAAGCAGCCGAGUCAUCCGACUUGCCAGGUUCUGCUGACAGCCUUGGGGAUUCAACCCGUGCUCUGCAGGCCCAG